AUGAAAAGAAAAUUUGAUGAUACUUUUGAAUUAGUGGGAGAAGAUAAUGGUGAAUUAGACACGCACAGUAAAUUACUUUCGGGUUCAAAUGACUUUUUACUUGAGAUAGAGCAAGACGAUACUUUUGCACUAAGAGACAGUGAAAAAACCUGCAAAAUAUUGGAUAUACAUAACGAAUCACCUUUAGAUUUCAAUAAAUUUUUAGACUUAGAACCGGGGGAUGCUUCAUUUGGAAAACGUGGGGAAAUCCACAGAAUGUUGGAUAAAUACCAAGAGUCACUUGAUGACCUCAAUAGAUCACUAGAAAUAGAUCCAGAAAAUGCAGCUGUAUUAAGAAGCCGUGGGGCAAUAUACGGCAUGUUUAAUAUGCAUAAGGAAUCACUUUCGGACCUUAAUAAGUCAUUAGAAUUAGAAAAAAAUGACUCCUCUGCGUUAAGAAAUCGUGGAGUAGUUUACAGAAUGUUGGGUAAAUAUAAUGAAUCACUUUUGGAUCUUAAUAGAUCAUUGAAAAUAGAACCAAAUAACGCCUCUGCGUUAAGAAAUCGAGGA